UUCUCAACCAACGGUCUCAUCCUCAACGGGCACAAAAUCCGGAAAUCUUCCGUUCUGCUCAUGGAUGGAGACGUCAUUCAGAUUCCUCACUCACAAAAAUUCGAGUGUCUUCAUGUACAGAAGCAGCCAGAGCGGAAGGCGAAUAUUUUUGACCCGACACCACCGAGAAUACCAUCGCUCAAGACAAAGCGAAUCGGCCGCUACCUCGUGACAUCCCAUUGCCUCGGAACUGGGAGCUUUGCUACUGUCCAUCUUGCAAUAGAUACAAUCGCAUAUAGACAAGUCGCAUGCAAAACUAUCAAACGGAAAAGCCACGACAAGAUCGAGAAAGUGAUGAAGGAGGUUGAUAUCCUCAUCGCAUUGGAUCAUCCCAAUAUCAACAGAGUAUGGGCCGCUCGGCACGAUGACACUUUCCUCCAUAUAUUCCUAGAGCUUUGUACCGGCGGAGACCUGUUUGCCUACAUUGUCGGCCAUCAAGACUCUCGGCUGUGUGAAGGAGAAACUAAGUAUAUAAUGUAUCAGCUACUGAAGGGGCUGAAGUAUCUGCAUGAUAGACUGAUCUCUCAUCGCGACCUCAAGCCGGAGAAUAUACUUCUCCAUACUCCGGGACCCUACCCUCGGAUCCAGAUCGCUGACUUUGGUCUCGCUCGACCAAAAGCCUACCAGGAAACAUUCAACGUUUGCGGGACCGUCUCAUACCUUCCGCCGGAGGGUAUUUUGGCUCUAGACCACAAGCACCUGGGUUAUGUCGGCAUGCCUGCUGACUGCUGGAGCGCGGGAGUGAUCAUGUACAUCAUGCUCGCGUAUGUAUAUCUAUGGCUGAUAUAA